AUGGUCACCGUCACACCUUGCAUUGGCGCGCUUUGCCCUCAGGUUGGCCCCAACGCUGCUGCCAACGGACCUGCUUAUAACGAGGCAGCUGUUAACGAGUCCGGAGAGCCUGCCGCUGAGCAUGGCACUGACGAUUUGCGCGCGUGCGAGCAUAAGCGUGCACAAACGCGGGCGGAUGGGGGGGAUGAGCGCAUGCAAGCGCAUCAGCUUGUGGCGAGUACAAAGUGUACCUGUGGGCAUGAGCUUGUGCGUGGCUGUAAGGUUGCUGCAGGGACGCAGAGUGUUGAAGGGGAGGGCGCACAGGGGGAGGGCGCAAAGGGGGGGAGCUGCGGUGGCUGUGGUGUGCAGGCAGAUGUGUUGGCGGAGCUACUGGGGGGAGGCCUGGGGAAACUGAGCGCAGGGGAAGUGGGGGAGGCGGGGAUGAAGAGAGAGCGGGAGAUUGCUGGGAGGGGUGGAGAAGGGGACGGGAAGGGGGAAAGCGAGAAGGGGAGGGGCAUGGGGAAUGCGGUCAGUCUGGCUUGUGGGAUUGGGGGAGGGGGUAUUGUUCCAGGGGUUGGGGGCAAGGGUAAUGUGGUUGGGAAGGAUGAGGAGAGGCUAGGGAAGAGGAGCGAAGAAGGGAAGGGAGGGGGAGAGAAGAAAGGGGGCGCAAAGGGGAAGGGUGGCAGAGAAGGGAAUGGAGGUGCAGAGGGGAUGGGGGGCGGAGUGCACGAGAGGGUGGAUAGUCCGAGGGGGGAUGUGAAGAGGAGGGAGGUGCGGUGGAAGGGUAGGGGUGUGGGCGUGGGGGGGACGAGUUCUGCGAGUAGGGUGAGGGGCGGCGAGGCGAGUGAGGGGAGGAGUGUGGGCGUGAACUUGUAUGAAAGGGCAACCGCAGCUGACUUUGUCAACAGGAAGCAGAUCGGCUCUGGACGGAAUGCAGUCGUGUAUGCGGCCUCGUGCGCUAUAACGGGUCGCAAGGUGGCUGUUAAGGCGUACGUCAAGUCAGCUCUAAGUGCCCUGGACCGGCACAGGAUCAACCGAGAGGUGGCACUGCUAAUGACUCUUAAUCACGAGCACAUAAUCCAGUGGCUGGGUCACUUUGAGGACCCUCAAUGCAUGUACAUCGUGCAGGAGUGGGCGUGGAAGGGGGGACCUGUGGCACCCCCUCGCUCCAACUCCACCCACUCAAACCCCUCCCGCACGUCGCUCUACUGCUGCCCACUCCCCCCCAUUCCCUCCCGUUCCUCCAGCCACGAGCACAUCAUUCAGUGGCUGGGUCACUUCGAGGACGCCCAGUGCGUGUACAUAGUGCAGGAGUGGGCGUCAGGGGGCGACCUGUUUGAAGAGCUGAGGGCGAGUGGGGGGCACAUGGGAGAGGCGCGCACAGCCAAGCACAUCCUGCUGCCGCUGAUCGCAGCACUGCACCACAUGCACACCAGAGGAGUGGUGCACCGAGACUUGAAACCGGAGAACUUGCUGUUGACAUUCCAUGGCACUCUCAAGGUGCGUGACUUCGACCUUGCAAUCAAUAUGAGGGAAGUGCGCCCUGCCAGCCGCCUGGGCGCGCUGCAGUACAUGGCGCCUGAGGUGGUGUGUGACUUCGGCCUUGCCAUCAACAUGAAGGAAGAACGCCCUGCCAGCCGCCUGGGAAACCUACAGUACAUGGCGCCCGAGGUGGUGUGUGACUUCGGUCUUGCCAUCAACAUGAAAGAAGAGCGCCCUGCCAGCCGCCUGGGCACCCUUCAGUACAUGGCGCCUGAGGUGGUGCAGAUGGCACGAGGGCAGCGCGGGCGAGGGGGGCAGGGCGGGAGGGGCAAGGGGGAGGAGAAGAGAGGCGGGGCGGAGAUACCAAAGGGGACGGCAGCAGCAGGGCAGGGGCAGGUGGUGGGUGGUGCGGGUGCUGUCAGUGGUAUGGAGGGAAAAAAUGGCACUUCUCCGAUGCUUGAGGGGGCGUAUGAUGAGAAGGUGGACAUAUGGGCAUGUGGAGUGCUAGUAUACGAGCUGGUGAUGGGCCAUCCACCCUUUGAGGGCACAUCAGACAUGCACACAGCAACUAACAUCAUGCACUGCGAGCUCGUUCCCGAUGCUCUGCCCCAUGGGAUGUCACCUGCAUGCAAGGAUUUUAUCUGCAAGGUGGACAUGCACACGGCAACCAACAUCAUGCACAGGGAGCUCAUUCCUGAUGCACUGCCGCAUGCCAUGUCCCCUGCUUGCAAGGACUUCAUCUGCCGAGUGAGUAAUGUGGCAGGCGUUGGGCUUCUAUCCUUGCUCUCCCACCUAGCAUCCUUCACAUGCACGCAUACACACAUGCACACAGCCAUCAACAUCAUACACAGGAAGCUCCUGCCUGAUGCGCUGUCCCAUGCCACGGCAUGCAGCCAGUUCUUUCCUAACUUCUCUCCCUUGCGCCCCCAGGUGCUUUGCAAGAACCCCUCCAAUCGCCCCUCGUUGCUACAAAUGCUCGACCACCCCUUUGUGUCAGGGCACUGCCGGGGUCGGCCGCUUUAUAAGGAGCCCAUCGGCACAUCUCGGCAUCUUCCCCCCCACUCGUUUUCCUCCCUCCUCUCCCCUGCCUCCACCUCCCCUUUUAGCCUCCAUCUCUUCUCCCUAUGCCUCUACACCCACGUCCUCGUUAUUGUCACCUGCAUCAGGAUCACCACCAGCAUCACCCCCUCGCACUCUGACGACCUCCCUGCCUAG